UGGAAACAGUCAUUUAUGAAUUUGCUAAAAGCUUACACAGAGAGUCAUAUCUUCAUUCUUUCAUAAUCAAUGAUGCCGAUGUCGAAACAAAAUCAUUAUUUUCACCCGAAGAAUGGAAAGAAAUUAAAAAUCUCGAAGUUAUAGAUAGACCGAAACUUGACCCUUGUCACAAGGAGUUGUUAAGAAAAUACACUGUUAAUGAUAUUAAAAAAUUAAGAUCACUUCUUUUUGAAUUAUUUAUACCUGAUGGUAAAGAAUAUAAUCGGAAUAUUCACUUCUGUCUUGAUUAUAUAAAUAAUGCAUAUCGUGGAAUUUUACGUUUAUGGGAAAUGGAUGAAAAUCCUUUUGACUCCUUAAAGCUAGAAGGAUGGUUCGAAAUGAACGUCUGGGGCCGACUUAUAGAUCCCGCAUUCGAUAAUUUAAAUAUUGACUUAAUUCGUGGAGAAGGAAUGAGCUUCGCUUCUAGUGAAAGAAAGAACAUUCAAAGAAAAAUUAAUGAUCACAAAAAAUUUGGCAGAAAAGGUGAUGGUGUAUUUAGAUUACACAAAGGUCGUUUAGAAUUCGGUGCAAUUGAAGCUAGCAGGAAUUGGGAAGAGAUAAAUGGUACGAAAUAUAUGUCCGAUUCACUUAAAAUAUCUAAGAUGUUAAAGGAUAUGCUAGAUAAAUUAAUUAGAGAAUGUAAAAUGAAAGAAAAUCUAGUAAAAAAACUAAAAGUAAUAGGAAUACUCCACGGUGCAAACAGGUUGCAAGUCUUAACUAUAGAUCAUCCUGAAGGAUACAUCACUCGAAUUAAUCGUAAUAAUGUUUAA